AUGGCUUCCGUCCGUGCCAAUUGUCGCAAGAUUAUGUGUAUCGGUCGUAACUAUGCCGAUCACAUUUCCGAGCUAAACAGUGCAACCCCCAAGCAGCCUUUCUUCUUCCUCAAGCCCACAUCAUCCAUCCUCCUUCCAAAGUCCGGACCCGUCCUACGUCCCAAAGGCGUCAGCCUGCACUAUGAAGUCGAAUUGGGUCUGGUGAUCGGCAAGACCCUGCGCGAUCUUGACCCGAACGAUGAAAAGACCGCAUUCGACGCGAUCCACACAAUGUCGCGCUGGGAAAUAGGCUACAUCCUCGCCAUCGAUAUGACCGCCCGCAACGUUCAAGACGAGGCAAAGAAGAAGGGUCUCCCUUGGUCCAUCGCUAAGGGAUUCGACACCUUCUGCCCCAUCUCAGAGGAAAUCGCCAAGUCGCGCAUCCCUAACCCCCACGAGGCAUUCCUGCGCCUUCGCGUUGGAGAGACGGAGCGCCAGGCUGACUCGACGAGUCUCAUGCUAUACCGCAUUCCCCAGCAACUGGCGCAUAUCUCGCGCGUGAUGACACUCGAGAAGGGUGAUAUUGUUCUUACUGGUACACCUAAGGGUGUUGGACAGGUUAAGGCUGGUGAUAUCAUGAGGGCUUCGAUUGAGGUUGAUGGGAAGGAGAUUGAGGAGGGUCGUAUUGAGGUUGAGGUGCAGGAUCGUGAGGGACCUUAUGCUUAUGAGUUUAAGGAGACUUAG